CGCUGACGUCUGAUAAGAAAAGAAAGUGAAACGCAUCAUAUUUUUUUACUUCUGUAGAUCGCGCGCAUUUGCUACUGUCAAAGUUGUUUAUAGUUAGGUUAUUAAUUGCAAUUUUUAGAUGUAAAAAUUAUACAGUUCAAUAAAAUGAUAUAAACCUGACAUUAUUGUUGGUACUUAUAGUACAUGAAACUCUGUUCAUCAUUUAAACGCUUUUGAGGAAACCAGCUGGAUUUGUGCAUUAGCUGUCAAAAAGUACGCGAACAUUUGUGCACUAGCAUUUUUUUGCAUAAUGUUCUCGCACAAUGUAUGAAGAUGAUAACAUUACUUCUACUCCUAAGCGAUAUGCCUUAACUGAGGUCACAAAUGCAACAAGUUAUGUAUCUCCUACGGCUAACCUCAAGUUGUUAACUAAUGUGGCUUUGCAAUAUCCCACGCCGCCUCCGAGCACAGUGCAUCGAAAAGAAAAAUCCCUACAAAUAUUAUGUGAUAAAUUCCUCAAUUUGUAUCCUUUACAUGGAAAUGGAACGGUCGAGAUACAGUUGGAUAGCACCGCAGCCAGGCUAGGAGUCGAAAAACGCAGAAUGUAUGAUAUAAUUAAUAUCUUAGAGGCCAUGCAGUGUGCAGUUCACAAGAGAAAGAAUACUUACUUAUGGCAUGGUGGAUCUCGAUUAAACUCUUUUUUAAAAAUGUUAAAAAAGCAGGGAGAAAACCUUAGGCUAUCUGAGGCCCUUAGGGGUAGAGCAGCCAAGCCACCAGCUCCUAAACAUAAGACAUUAGGAGUCUUAGCUCAAAGAUUUUUAAUGCUUUUCUUAGUUGAACCACCAAAUACUCUCAUCAAUUUAGAAAUGGCUGUUAGUGUACUUAUUGAUUCAUCAAACAAAAAUAAGUCAACCCUCUCCCCAGAGCAGUUAGAUCGGCAACACAAGUCCAAAGUCAGAAGGCUUUAUGACAUUGCAAAUGUGUUUAUUUCAAUUGGUCUCAUUGAAAAGGUAUCAGGUAAUUUAAUAUUAAAGAAACCAGUAUUUAAGUAUGUUGGGCCAUUCAAAAUGAAAAAAUCAGACAAAGUAGUCCUGCAUACACUAUCACCCAUCACACCUCUUUCAGUAUUAGACACACAACAACAGAUGACACCAUGUCAUAUUUUUGCGGGAAAGUCUAAACGGAAAUUGGAAUUUACUACACCCAGUACGGAUAAGCUCGGUAUAACAACCCCACCUCAUACUCCGUCACAUAAGUGGGAUGAAAUUCUACUUGUUGCUGACAUGGAACUGAAUAGAAUUAACAAUGGAGUCACAGUGUGAUUUGUUUUAGUAGGAGUUAUGACACAAUGUCCACAAAUAUUCAGAUCAUACUCCUAGUUUUCAUUGGUACACCCAUUUGAAUUAUAAUCAAUAAAAAUCAAUAUAGAAAUCACAGGUAAACUAUUUUGAUAAUUAAAUGGAAUACAUCAAAAACAUACAAUAAGAAAUCAAAAAAAGAAACAAUAUAGACAAUUAUUGAUGUCUUUCAAGAUACUUAGAUUCUGUUCAAAGUUAAGACUCACAUUAGACAGUAAUGGGUGUAUCAAGAACAUGCUUGCCAUUUGUUUAUAUGAUUUGGCAAUAAAAUUAAGUAUGAAUUAUGUGUAUAUAAGUGGACUUGACUGAAUGUUUUUUUAUAUAAGUCAAAUGUUGUAUACUUGUCUUCCAGGGGAUAUUUGAUUAGGGAUAUCUUAUGACUAUUAUAUACAUAAAUGUAUGAAAUAUUCUCUUUAUUAUAAUAAUAUAUAAAUUUUAUGAUAUGUUGUUGAGAACAGAGGUUUAUCUUUGUCACAGACAUCAUAGUGCAAUUAACAUAAUGUUAUUUGUAUUUAUUUUAGGAAUUAUGUAAUAAUGAAUUUAAUAAGACUUAUAACUACACUAUAUAUACACAAUAUAAAAGAACAAAAACAAAUUAUUGAAAUUUUAAAGCUUUUUUACAAAAUGUUACAAAUAUAUUAGUCAUUCUCUAUUGUAUUAAUAAAAGCUCGAAACUAUUAAUCUUAUAAAUGUUAAUAAAAUUAUAAAGUGCUGAUUAAAAUAUGAAAUCAGUACCCCUGGAGCCCUAGGACUGAUAUGAGAUGUAAUAGAACUAUAUUAAAGUAUAUACAGUAGAACCUCUAU